CGCGUGCCACGACGAGGAAGAUAGAUAGACAGCUAGAGAGGGAGGGCGAGAGGAAAAGGCCGGCGCGAUAAGCGGGCCGCCGAUCAUCGUGUACACGUUGAUACGUUGAUACCGAAGUAAGCCGUUUCUCCGACUCGUUACUCUGGAAUUUCGAGAAUAUCUCCGACUCUUCCUCUUCCCGGAGAGAAGUGAGGCCGCGAUCGGGCGUCUCCCUGGUCCCGCGGCGAUGGGCCGAGGGGACGUGCGGGAUUGUAGCGCGCUAUCCGCGAAAAAUCCGGCGGUGACUCCGACACGUUUCUGAGAGAAAAAAAAAUUGGCGAUCUCGUUACUGUGUUCCUACGAUCGCACCUCAUUUUUCUCUGGUGAUUGCGCUGGAUUGAAGGGGUGGCCUCCGUUUCGGGACAGUUGAUUUUCUAGAGAUCGCGAUCGGGACAGGCAGGUGCGACGUUGUUUCGACUUGUGCGGCUGGUUGAAAGCGAGUAGUCGCUCCUGUCGGUCGCGAUUGCGAGAGGUGUGCUUCUCACGUCGACAGAGACGUUAGACGAUCGCAGCCGCGACCUUACGGUUGCGAUGUAACGUACAAAAGUGUGUACGUAAGUACUCCAAGUUCCACUUGUGGAUUUAACCGAAACAGACUUCAUCCCCGGAGGAUCUUACUUCAUUCUUUUUUUUUAAAUAUAUUUAUCGGUAUCCCGUACAGUUGCGGUGCAUUAAUUCGCUUCGGGUCGCGUUGUUAAGAAGCAUUUACGUUUAACUGAUCAAGUAAUUUUUGUCCAUCCCUAAUUAUUACCCGAACCGAGUUAAUGCGCCGUACUGCACGUACGAACGCGCAUAAUUGGAUGCAGGUCUGCAACGCGGAGCCAACUCCGAAACGUUGCCUUUCCGUUUAAGCAAAUUUCACGAAACGUUAAAAGCAAUAUUCUGGGUCUGCUGUCGUCUCAAAUAUAACGACCGAGUUGUGAUCCUCCUCGAAUGUAAUUCCAUAGGUUUUAGAAAAUCUGCCCACGUAUCACCUUGCAAUACGGAAUUAAAAAUCACGAAGAUAGCGCCCGGCUCCUCAUUGCAUAACUGCAUCCAAUUAUUAUCUGGCGCACCGAUAAAUCACAAUCGGCUGUAUGUACGUUCCUCGCUUCGUUGUAUCUCUCACUCUUGAGAAUUUUGUAAACGCGCGCACGAUAUUAUCAAGUUAGAUCGUGGCUGCGCGACUGCCCGCUUCGCGGAAGCGAGUCGGGCGAACCUCCUGUCGGACCCGCGAAGGGAUCUUGAGGGCAACCCCGGCGCGGAACCGCUCGACAAUGCGUCAACGGCGCGAUGUCGAUCGUCGCGAAUUUCGCUCCAUUAUCAUCGUCAUCCGCUGAUAUUCCCGGAGGCUCCGCCGCGUUAUCUCUUCGCGCCUUUACGCGGUGACGAGAGCCCCGCGAUAACGGUCGCUCGGGCACAAAGUGCACGGUGUCGGAUAAGACGCUGAAAAGCGCGCCCGGCCGCGCUCGCUUACUCAAUCCGCGCGCGCGUCUCGCGCGGCGUUACAAAAUCCGCGCGCGGAUUUCGCAAUUCGCCCAUCGGCGUGCCGCAACUAAACGCACAUAUCGCUAUGAUUGACACGGCAGGCUGCCGGCGGCGACGAGCUCGGACCGACGAGGACGACGACGGAGGAAGAGGAGGAGGCGGAGGCGGAGGGAGAGAUGCACCUCGAGGAUUACCACGGCGGGAGGAGCGAGGAGGACGACGUGCGACGCCCGGCGUCCGCUCUCGAGUUAGACGACGUGGUCGACGACGGCUCCCUACCCGAUCUGAUGUCUAUGACGAUGAUGGCCGGCAUGGACGUCGACUUCGGCCAGCCGCACUGCUGGGCGACCUCGCCGGCGGCGGACAACGGCGUCCUCUUCUCCCCGCUGGGAACCGACGCGGAUCCGCGUGACUAUCUCGACUGGGACCAAGUGCCCGUCGUCUUUCAGUAUCCCUCGGACGGCGGUGGUUCGCCGGGUGAUAGCACCGGCAGCGAGGCAACAACGCCAGUCUGGAGCAGCGCGGUGACAGCGACGACGAAGACGACGACGACGACGACGGCGACGGCGACGAGUCAUGAGGACAAAUUGGACUGCCGGAAGUUACCCUCGAUGGGCUCGGCCUUCUCCUUCUCGCGCACGUUCUGCAACACGAUCUAUCCGGAAUACGGAGCGGAGUCGCAGGGGGAGUAUCAGGACUACCCGAACUGCCAGGAGGACGUGGUGUCGUUAUUGAUGAGCAUCCAGAACGAAAUCGCGGUUCAGAACUACAACCCGCCGGUCGCCGACGAGUUCGACCUCAGUCUGAUCAGGGGCGACCCGACGUCGCUGAUAAGCGCGAUGGAUUCGUCGUCGGCGACCUGUUUCGCGAGCGACGAUCAGCAGCAGCCGUCCCAGAGCUUCGAUCCGCCGUAUUACGCGGUCGGGCACCUCGUCUCCUCCCAGCAGGACCCGCCGACGGUCAGUCUCGCCGGUGAGCUUGUCGGCGCGACGGACAGCUUCGGCAAUCAGGUGAUACUGCCGCGGAACGAGGGUCUGCUGCUCGGGAACGGCCGACGCGUCGCCGGGUCGAAGGCCACCGAGAUCGAGAAGAACGACAAGUCUUACGAUUGCGCGAGACCGGUGGACGAUAGCCUCGCGUCGGCUUAUCAGUGCCGCUGGAUCGACUGUGGAUGUGCGUUCGCGGAGCAGGAGGGCCUGGUGCGGCACAUCGAGAGGCGGCACGUGGAGUCGUCCGCGGCGGGCGCGCACGGCCACGGCAGGCGGACUCAGCGGGACAAGGAGCGCGACGGCAAGGAGACCGGGGACGGCUUCCCCGUCGCGACGGCGACGAGCCGCGAGGACGAGUUCGCCUGCCUGUGGCAAGGAUGUCCGCGCGCGCGACCGUUCAACGCGAGGUACAAGCUGCUCAUCCACAUGCGGGUGCACACGCAAGAAAAGCCGAACAAAUGUCCGUUUGCCGGCUGUAAGAAGGCUUUUAGUCGUUUGGAAAACUUGAAGAUACACCAGAGAUCGCACACGGGCGAAAGGCCAUACGCGUGUCAACACAAUGGAUGCUCAAAGGCGUUUAGCAACAGCAGCGAUCGGGCCAAACACCAGAGAACCCAUUACGACAGAAAACCAUACGCUUGCCAAAUAAGCGGUUGCGGCAAACGUUACACCGAUCCAUCGAGCCUUAGAAAGCACCUGAAGAAUCAUACGGAAAAUUCAAGCACUCUGUCCAGUUUGUUAUCGUCGGAGAAGAUAUCAACGAGUAACGUGAUAGGAAAUGGACACAAGAUAAGCUCGACAAUUCCUCACCGAGGAGGCCAAGACGCCUGCAUCUUCAACGUGGAAACGAAUCAUUCGCCGUACAAAUUGUCUAAAGCUUGUAUCAAAGAGGAAAACACAUCGUCGAACAAUGCGUGCCAGUUGAAUAGAAUCUCCCUGAACUUCGACGACAAUCAGCAGGAAUACGUGCCGAUCGAGUCGGUUCGUCAUCUUCUCAUCAACGACAUCACCAAUGCACAGAACGAGAACACAGGAUACCGCGCGUUUACGGAGGACGACGUGCCGGAUUUCCACGAGCUCGGCGCCGACAUCGAGCGACACUUCCACGAGCUGGGCGGCCUGAACGACGCUAUCUUCAUCGAUGGAUGAGCCUCUUCAGCCGGGGAGUCCCAACCCUGACGCGGGCGCCGGUGAACGAACGAGAGAAUGAACGUUCGACAUAGUUGAACACGCGUCUCGCUUCGAUUCAGGAGAUCAUAGAUCAAAGAUCUUUUCCUCAACUGGCGUCAACUCGUGACAAGUGAAAACUUUCAUUGGCGAGUUCAAUGUUCACGCUGGAAGAAAAGAUUUACUAUCGAUCUCCAGAUUUCGCGUUUCUCGGAGAGCUCCAAAAUGGUUGCUUCAAUUCGUAGUUAAUUCUAGCGAUCCCUCAAUUUCUCUCGAAAAGAAUUAAUUGCGUUGCUCUUUACAUAGUUUACAUAUGUCUUUAUAAGAUCUGUGUCAACGAUGCUAGAACUUGGUCCAAGCUCCAAGAAAUGUGUAGCCAAUUUAAAUAGCUGAUUGGCUACACAUUUCUAGAACUUGGACCAAGUUUUAGCAUCGUGGACACAGGCCUUUGGGGAAAGAAGAAGCAGUUCACCAGUGCGUCGUUCAACCUACGCCGUCGCGAUCUCACUGUUCCGUUUCUCUCUUUUUACGACUCCUUUUAUACUUAUAUUAGUCCGUUGUACUUGACAAAUCGUAUAUAUUUUUGUAAAAAGGUACUUAGAUAUAAUAUUAGAUAGGCGAACAAAAUACAUCAUUUACUUCGAC